AUGGACCUGCUCUCGGCGCUGAGCCUAGGCGAGCUGGCGCUCAGCUUCUCGCGGGUGCCGCUCUUCCCCGUCUUCGACCUCAGCUACUUCAUCGUCUCCAUUCUCUACCUCAAGUAUGAGCCAGGAGCAGUUGAGCUGUCCCAGCGCCAUCCCAUGGCAUCCUGGCUGUGUGCCAUGCUGCACUGCUUUGGGAGUUACAUCUUGGCUGAUCUGCUCCUCGGUGAGCCCCUGAUCGACUACUUCAGCAACAAUUCCAGCGUCCUGCUGGCCACAGCUGUCUGGUACUUGAUUUUCUUCUGCCCCCUGGACCUCUUUUACAAGUGUGUCUGCUUCCUGCCUGUGAAACUUAUAUUCGUGGCCAUGAAGGAGGUAGUGAGAGUCCGAAAGAUCGCCGUGGGCAUCCAUCAUGCCCAUCAUCACUACCACCACGGGUGGUUCGUCAUGAUUGCCACCGGCUGGGUCAAAGGCUCUGGCGUCGCCCUCAUGUCCAACGUUGAGCAGCUGCUCCGAGGGGUCUGGAAGCCAGAGACCAAUGAGAUCCUGCACAUGUCCUUCCCCACGAAGGCCAGCCUGUACGGAGCCAUACUCUUCACCCUCCAGCAGACCCGCUGGCUCCCGGUAUCCAAAGCCAGCCUCAUCUUCAUCUUCACCAUGUUCAUGGUCUCCUGUAAGGUGUUCCUGACGGCCACUCACUCCCACAGCUCCCUUUUUGAUGUUCUGGAGGGCUACAUCUGCCCUGUGCUGUUUGGGACCACCUGGGGGGGCAACUAUCACCAUGACAACCACGGUGGGUCCCAUGGCGGGUCCCAUGGCGGCGGUGGGCCCGGCUCGCCACACUCAGCCCUGCCUGCUAAGUCCAAGGAGGAGCUGAGUGAGAGCUCCAGGAAGAAGAAGACCAAGAAGGCAGAUUAG